UGCGUGUCUUGUUUCGGAUUUUUUUAAUUAGUUAUCCUUUAGCGUGUAAAUCACUUGCUGAGGCAUAUAUGCCGGCUGUCUGCAUCUCCUUUGUGCGUCCCUCAUAGUAUUGGUUUUCUGGGCCGACGCCUGGGGUGUGAUGCUGCGGCUGCAUUACAAUUCGUUUCCUAUUUGUACUGGUAUUUCACAGUGCUCGGCUGUUGGCCGCAAAACCGACACGCCCAGCGGCAUUUUUCUUCUUCUUUUUUCUGCUGACAUCGGGCCAAGCACGAGCGAGCGCCAUGCAAAGAGGGAAAAAAAAUGGUCUUACUUGGCGUUUGCUACCAACAAUAUAUCCUGAUUCAUGAACCCUGGCCUGCAUUAACCGUAACGUACAGUGUGCUUCAACGGAGGCGAUAACGCCCGAGCGCCACGGGCUAAUAGCUGCUGCUGGCUGUGAUGGGUUUUGGUGGUAACUACUGCUGUUGUCGCUGUAAGCCUCUUCUUCUCUCCGCCCACCACGCCAUAGCGCCCUCCCAGCGCCGAGCAAAAAAGAACGGGUGGGUGAGCCCAGCCGGCUGGGUGCGUGAGGAAGUAUGUAUUAUUAGGCUCUGCUCGUUUUUACGGCGCCUUUUUUGUUGGCACUCAUACGACUUGCUGGCGCUGGUGUAAAGGUCAUGUGUCUUCACCGUUUGUGCCGCGGGGGGUGGUUGAAAUCCGAGUCAGCGUUGCUUUGGUGCUGGGACCCGUGGCCUAACACUGUCCAAACAGUAAUGGGCGUCUUGUUCAUCGAGGGAUCCCUGGUGCUCACGUUAAGUCAGUCCAAGUCAUGCUUAGUAGCAUUGGCAGUGGUGAAGUUAUAUGGGUGGUUGGAUAUUCUUCACCGUGUUUCUUUGUUUCGGCGUCGAGUCCGCUGUCCGUUUGCGUAUAGGUUGUGCUUUUAUUUGCUUUUUGCUUUCUUCGUUUUUUCUUUGUCGGGGCCAAAUUGGCUUGAUUAAAAAGAUCCCUUAAACCCCCCCUCUUUGUGUCUUGGUAAAAUAGAUGGUGUGCUUUUGCAGCCGGAUGGGCAGAGCCCGGAUGACAUUCCAGUGGUGGCUUCCAGGGUCCCUUUUUUUUUGCCUUUUCCUGUUGUAGUGACGUCGGGCUACGGCGGCGCUCGUUCGCUGCUCUGUCACUCUGACUGUACUUGACUGCACCGUUCCAGCACUGUAGAGUAGGACUGGCUACCUGCGGAGUCUGCGGUUGAGACUGUGCUUGUCAAGUCUGGGUAUCAGGUUUGGUAUUAUAAAGAAUCAACCACCCGUGGCCCGCACCACCAGCCAGACCACUUGGGUUUUCCCCUCUUGCUCGCUUUCUUUUCUCUCGUCAACCGCCCGCCCGACGCCUUUUUUCUUGUCCUGCUCUUGCGUGCUCCAGAUGGCAGUUAGAUGGAUCCCUUGAAUUUCGUAAACAGCCCCCCUCUCUCGUCCGUCCACCUCUCCGCCAGCGUUGCUGCAAGAGGCUCCUGGCCGGCACCAGCCAGUACCAGCAGCAGCAGCACCAUGGCCUCGGCCGCCGCCUAUACCGACCCCAGCGCCCGUCCACAGCGGGCGCAGCGGCCUACGUCCCCCCAAACGCUCCGUCAGUCAGGCGGCCACCAUCAGGCCACCACCACCAGCUUUCUUAUCGACCCUGCCUACCGCAUGCAUUUGCAUUUCGCCAGUGCAAAUGCCCUCUCCAUUUCUACAACUCCAGGAUUUGCUCAAAACGUCACCGUCUCUGUAAACCAUCCGCUCGACAGCACCCGAACCGCUGCACAGGCCCUGCCUCCCACGACUCAGCGCCGUCAGCACCACAACCAACACCACCCAGGCCCGACCCAGUCGGCCACCCCCAACGCUAUUCCCCGCCCAACUGACCCGAGUCACAAUCAUCGUGUUAGCCAGCAGCACCCAGCAUCGACGGCGGCUCCAGCACCCACUGCAACUGCAACUUCAACAAGUAGUCUUCCGAGCCCAUAUCCUUUUACCGCCAGAGGCCCGUCAACUUCCCAACUGCCACAGGUGUCAAACAGCCAACGACGGUCGCCGGUCACUCAGGACCUGGCACAAUGGACUAACCUGAGCAUUCAGCACGUUCACCAGAUCAUCAGCCGCUCAGUUCCUCGUCAAGCUCCGUCUACAACCCCCAACUCAACACGUUCAACUACUACUACUUCUACGACUACUCCUUCUCCUUCACACUCCCGAAAUAGCUCUAUCGACCAGCCAUCUUCAUCACAUCAUCCGCAAAGAGCCGCUAGACCGCACUUUGACCACUUUGCUCUCCUUCAUAGCCAGGCCGCAGGUAUAAUCGAGAGACGGCGCCACCUCCUACGGAACUGGGAAUCCAUGUCUACCAGAACUCUUACCACCGAGUCGCCGAGCGACCCCAGCUUACGAUAUUCGGAAGGCCUAUUUUCCAUGUCGAGCAGCCACCGCAGAACGGCAUCGGGGGAGACCGACUCCGACUGGGACGACCGUGAAGAUGAGGAUGACGACGAGGACGAGGACGCUAACCGGCAAAUGAUGCAAGAGAUCCGCGGCUCCUUUACCUGCCAGAGAGUAGCGUCUCACGCCGCCAUUCUAUCCCUCGAAUCUGUGGAUGUAAAGGACCUUUCCAAAGAAGAGAGAACUUGUGCAAUUUGCUACAACGACUACGGCGAGGAGUCUCCCGAAGGCCUCAGGGAAGCUCCCCUCCGCUUGCCACAAUGCAAACACGUAUUUGGAGACCACUGCAUUAAGAAGUGGUUUGAGGAUUCGGACAGCUGCCCCUACUGUCGAGACAAGGUCCCCUCCGAAACGAAGCACUACACAACGUCGCCAACCACCAUCCUAAAUAUGCUGCGGAUGCGGGGAUGGGAUCGUUCACGCCCAGAGGUCGCUCAGGAUAUUAUGCGGAGAAUCGCCAUGGGAGAACGCAUCGGCAUCCGGCAUACACGAGACGCAUCUCAAUUUAUUCCCAUUCUCCCCGAGCGCAGAACACGCCCUGCCGAUGACCCUAGCAGUCAACAGCGCCGGACCAGGCAGCGACUUUCAUCCGCUGACACAGACACCCGUGCAAACGGCUCGACUGCCACCUUUGAUGCUACGACGCCGCCGCGACAGCCGAGAUCUGCCGCUUCCACCCCUGCAGCUGCUGCACCCAGCACCGCUGCCUCUACUCCCAGGGUGGCUCUCUUUACACCUACAGAGUCUCCUUCGACUCGUCAGUCCACGCCUAGCCUCACAUCACCCAGCAGCUAUGCUCUGAGUCCCAAUGCACGCAUCAACUACGCUUUACGUCGAGUUAUUUUGCAACCUGUCUCGCCCUCGCGAGUCUAUGCGAAUCGCCAGGCUCUUCCUGUUCAGCGGCCAAUCUCUACUAACCCCCUGGUGCCAUCCAUGUUUACGGAUUCAUCCACACAGACACCAGAAUCUCCAACCCGCUCUCGCGGCAGCGGCGCCGCCAACUGAUCUCACCUUCCUUACAUUCUUUACGGAACGGAUCCGACUCGACUACCAAGGUUUUGCUGCAUAUAUUUCUUUGCCUUUGCAUAUACGUCACAGGUAACAGUCGGCAUAUUUAUUUUGUUUUAUUCAUAAGGAGAAACGGCGUUUGGAUUCUCUUCUCAGUUUUUUUUGUUUCUCGUUUUCUUCUAGCUUUUUUCAUAACGGGAAUUCUAACAUGACACUUUUGCCCGGUCUGGGCAACGGAGGGCAUUUACAUAAGGUUGGGUGGUUUUAUUUGCAUGCCUGUGCACAGCGCAGCAGAAGCUACGCUAUGGUGGCAGGGCAAGCAAUUUAUAGCUUUGUUUUGUUUUCUGUUUUUUUUUCUUGCGUACCAAGACUUUAUUGAGCUCUUGGGCAUUAAUCAUAUUGCACCAUAGAUUAGCGAGACGAGGCCCUGCAUGGGCCAAUCACUAGCUUUAAUUGGAGGACUGAACAGGAUGAAUAAUAGUUUUGAUCAUGAAAGCAAGGUUCUCUUUGUUUUUCUCCUUCAGUCAUGCAUGCCACUGCAACGGUGUACUGGGUAUGAGGCUGCGUCGGAGAUUGAGAGCGCUUUAAGCCAACGGAGCCGGGGGCGGAAUACAGAUGGCCAUCGGGUCAAGUUCGUCCGUGGGGGGAAGAAGGAAAGAAAGAAGGAAGACGAUCAGUGGAAUGUAUUGGCGGAGUUGGUAGUAUACUUUGAAGACGGCUUCUAUUUUCAGUAUUAUGGUUUCUGAAAUUUCUUAUAAUUUUCUCUUCUUUUUUUUUGUACCCAUAUCCGUCACUCCAUAUCAGACAGGCUGUAUCGCAUUACAUCCCCCCUGCGUGCGCCAUCCGCAUAACGGGUCAUCCUGC